UACACACGAACGUACAGGGCGGCAUUCACGGGCAUUUAUACAGUAGAAAGCACAAUGAAGAUGUUUGCCAGGGGUUUCAUAGUAGAGCGAUUCACAUACCUCAGGGAUAUGUGGAACUGGCUUGAUUUCUUAGUCGUUUCACUGGCUUACAUCACCUUGGCUUUUCCGAUGGGUAACCUCUCUAUCCUAAGAACUUUUAGGGUCCUCAGGGCCCUUAAGACCGUCGCCGUCGUGCCAGGUAAACUCCCCCCAACACCACACCUACACCUCACACCCACACAAAUACCUACACACAGAUAA